UUAUCAUGAUAUGACUAGAAAAAUUUUAAUUGGUUAAACAGUUUCCCAUGUUCAUGGUUAUUAAACAAACGUCUAAAAUACCGAAAGUGAAUAAUUAAAUUGAAAUAAUGUCGGAUAUUAUUAAAACAUUAGUGGAAAUGGGUUUUCCCGAAAACCGAGCGAAACAUGCUAUAUCCAAAAGUAAAGGAACGAAUGUUCAAGAAGUUAUGGAAUGGUUACUAGCCCAUGAGGAUGAAUUAGAUAACGCUGAAGUUGAGGAGGCUGAAAAAGUGGAAAAAGAUAAUGCUGAAAAUUCAACGAAAACGGAGGAGGAUGCACCAAAAUCGGAUGAUGCCGAAGCGGAAAGUGGAGUCGAAGCUAAAUCAUUAAAAUGUGAUGAAUGUGGUCGCUUAUUUAAAAAUCAGCUUGAAGUUGAAUUUCACGCUGCUAAAUCUGGCCAUAGCAGUUUUAGUGAAUCAACUGAAGAAAAGAAACCUUUGACUGAAGAAGAAAAGCAAGCACAGUUGCAAAAAGUUGAAAAUUUGAUGAAACUUAAGCGGCAAGAAAGAGAAGAACGAGAGAAAAGGGAAGCUUUAGAACGAGAAAGACUCCGAAUCCAAUCGGGUAAAGAUAUGUUAGAAGCUAAGCGAAAAGUUGAAGAAUUAGAAAUGCAAAAAUUAGUUGAACAACGAAGAAGAGAGAAACAAGAAGAUAAAUUAGCAAGGCAACGAGUGUUAGAUCAAAUAGAGCAAGAUAAAUUAGUUAGGAAAGCGAAAUUUGGUGGUAAUGCAUCCACUACUACUGCGGUUAGUCCCCCACCUCAAGCUCCAGUGUCAACACCGUCACUUCCAAAAUCCGCGUCUAAAGAAUAUACGCAUACCAAAUUACAAAUACGUCUCACAAAUGGCACAGCUUUAACACAAACUUUUGGUGCCAAGGAGCCUUUAUCAGCAGUUAGAUUGUAUGUUGAAAUUAAUCGAACCGACGAACCUGGACCAUUUUCACUUAUGACAAAUUUUCCAAAAAAGUUAUUUGGCCCUGAGGAUUAUGAUAAACCAUUAGAUAUGCUAGGUCUUACACCGUCUGCUGUGGUUAUUGUUUCAAAAUCAACAUUAUAAAUUUAUCAAUGAUUGAUGGUGUUUAUUUUAGAUACUGAAUUUUUUUAAAUAAGUUCUUAUUAUUGUGUUUAUUAAUAAACAAAUUAUUUUAUUUUUUAUCUUACGUAUUUUUUUUCUAAACGCGUAUUUUGCACAUGUUAAAAAGUCAAUUGAAAUUUGUAA